GCUUUUUACCGCAAAUGUCCUCCCCUAUUAAUUACGGUACGGCACUACGGCCAAAACAAAAGACAGAAAGUCUCCCAGCGCGGUAAUUUUUGAAACUUCAAAUAAAUGACGUAACUUCCGUAACGGCUUCAAAAAGGUCAAAAAGGCGUUAGAAUACCUAAACCCGUCCGGUGCGAUUUUUUCGGUGAUUCGUCAGUACACGUCGCCACGUAUCCCCCCAUGCCAGCUGUACUCCCCCUUCCUAACCGCCUCCUCCCCCACGCCUCUAUUUAACUGUGUGUGAAACGCUCCGUUUCUGUUCGCAGUCGCGGCUAUGGUGGCGGAAUCCGAUCGGGUCAGAGGUCCGUGGAGCGCGGAGGAGGACGAGUCGCUGAGGAAGCUGGUGGCGCUUCACGGCGCUCGGAAUUGGGCGUCGAUUAGCCAGUCGAUUCCUGGACGGUCCGGGAAGUCGUGCCGCCUGCGGUGGCACAACCAGCUGUCGCCGGCGGUGGAGCACCGGCCAUUCACGGCGGAGGAGGACGCGGUUAUCGUCCAGGCCCAUGCGGAUUUCGGGAACAAGUGGUCCGCCAUCGCGAAAUUGCUCAACGGACGGACGGAUAACGCCGUGAAAAACCACUGGAACUCGUCGCUGAAGAGAAAGCUUGCCUGUUGCGGCGGAGGAGGGCAGCGGCCGGGUCAGAUUCUGAGGCGGCAGGGAAGUGCUGACGUCGCGUCGAUUGUGAGUCCCGACCGCUCCUCGGAAUCCGGCAUCAGCUAUUCCCCGGCGUUGGAACCAGUCUCGACGCAGGCCGAUCCGUUGACUGCGUUGACUCUUUCGUUUCCGGCACAAAGAGCGAAUCCGGAAGCUUUGAGGCCACGGGAUCUUCCGAAUCGCCGCCAUGGCAAUUGGAUUGAGGGGACGGAGUUGGAGAACGCCCCGCCAUUGAAUCCGGAAUUACAUUCACUGAUGCAAGAAAUGAUUAGGAAGGAGUCAUCAUCUUUGAGGAAUCCUUCAACUCAUUUGAUUUCAUCUUCAAUGGCAGAAGAAAAUUCUGGAAGAAUUCAUCCUUCUGAUCCUCUGUAUCUCCAUCCAUCUGAUCAUCCAGGUUUAAUCCUGAUUUCGACUAAGUUUGAAGGUGAAGGUUUUGGAUCUUGGCAGAAAUCCAUUAAAAUUGCCUUAUCUGCCAAGAACAAACUCGAUUUUGUCUAUGGAAGGAUUGAGAAACCUAAUAAUGAUCCUGCGAGACUCAGUGCCUGGCAACGAUGCAAUGAUAUGGUGACUUCAUGGAUUUUGAAUGUCCUAAGCAAGGCAAUUGGUGACAGUGUUCUAUACGCAGACACAGUUGUGGAUCUCUGGAACGAACUUGAAGAUCGAUUUGGACAAUCAAAUGGAACUCGUCUGUAUCAGCUUCAGAAGAAUGUCUGUUCAAUUGCACAAGGGAAUUCAGACAUAGCUUCCUAUUAUACUAAAUUGAAGUUCUGUUGGGAUGAAUUAGGAAUGGUGUCCAAUCUGCCGAGAUGCACAUGUGGAGCAGCUCAAGCUAUGGUCAAACAUGAACAAGAUCAGAAACUAAUCCAAUUUCUGAUGGGCCUAAAUUCAGAAUACAACACUAUCAGGGGAAAUAUUCUGGUUAUGAGGCCUCUCCCAUCUGUUGCAGUUGCAUAUGGGAUGCUAAUUCAGGAGGAAAAACAGAGGGAAAUUCAAGCUGCAUCACCUUUAAUGCCUGAACAUACAUCAAUGAAUGGCCCUUCACAGAGGAAGCCACUGGAACUUGGUGAAAAAUGUGAUGGCCUCUACAUUACUCCUGCUGUUCAGCACUCCUUUUCAUCUUCUCAGAGUCAACAUGAUAAUACCAAUAGUUCAUCAUCUGUUUUUCAUUCUAGUGAUGUUACUAGAGAUGUAUGUUGCAAUAAAGUCUGUAAAAUUCCUGAUGUUAAGACAUGGCACCUAAGAUUGGGGCACUUACCUGAACCAAGAAAUUAUGAAGAAGCAAAGUCAGAUCCAGCAUGGCAACAAGCUAUGGCACUUGAAUUUCAAGCACUGGAGACAACAGAGUGGGAAGUUAAGAGAUAAAAGUCAUUAAGUUCAUCAUUUUUUACAAAUGAGGCAAUGUAAAUGUCUAAUGCGUGAUACUUCGUAUUAUGGGAGUGUUUUUCUAUGACGGUGCUUAUUGACUUAUUGUUGAUACAUAGUUUUUAAUUUAUAAGUUGCUUAUAAAUAAAAUAUUCUUUCAUCGAAAUAAAAAGAUUUAAAUGAUAGAUAAAUCAUUUGUAAAGAUUCAUAAAUAGUAAAAGAUAAUUUUGUAAAUAAUCUUGUUAAAAUGGAGAAAUUAAAAAACUGGAUCAAUU